AUGGCCAUUGUUAUUUUUGCUAUGGGCUCGAAGGACGCCUAUUUCUUCAAUGCUCCUACACAUUGGGCGCGGAAGAAUCUACCUCCAGACGUUGAGUCUCUUUUUACGAAGCAGCCGGAGAUUAAGGAGGUCUUCGAGCUGGCCUUGGGCGAGAACGGCGCAUACUUUGUCUCAUUUCGCGAUGCCGAUGGACUGAUAUAUUGCCGCCACUUCAAUCUCCCAGAUCCACUCACAUCUUGGCUUUAUAACUCCCAGCCACAAAUCGUUCGCGAUCUUACCAAAUUGUACAUCACUCUCGGACAAUAUGGGUCCUACUACGCAGCAGAUCAUUCCAGCUCCUCGUGGGCAAACCUUCCACCUACCCUGGAGAAAGCGCUCGAGAAACGGCGGACGGAACAUAGCCCCUGGAAGCCCGGCGAGGAGCCUACCUUUGUGAGCCUGGGGGCCGAAGAGAGGUACUUUAUGCGCACUGCUAACGGGGGCGGCGGGUGGGAAUUGAAAGGCAAAGCCGAAGGGAUCAACAAGUACCUGAUGGAUGCUCCGAAUUUCUCGGAUAUUGCGGGUCUAUGGCUUUUCCCAUCCCAUCCGGACUGCUACAUCAUGACAACCAUGGAAGGAAAGGCUUUCUCAAAUCUGCCUGAGCAUACCUGGCAAGACUAUACUAAGAUGGCCCAUUCUAUCCCGAACUUACGUCCAAAACCGCAAAUGCAGCCAAUACCUAUGGCGGUACCGCAGCAAAUGUCUCCGCAACCCGUCCUCUACGCCCAGCCUCAGCAAUUUUCACCCCAGCCGAUGUCACCGCCUCCAGGCUACGCGCACCCGUUUCAACCUCAACCUCAAGCAGGAAUCCCGCAAACCAUGAUGCCACAAGCCACUGGUGUUGUCUACGCUCAGCAGCCACCGCAAUCUCAACCCCUAAUGCCGCAACCCACAGGCGUCGUAUACGGCCAACCUCACCAGCGUGCGGUAUCGACCCCCCAAACACCCCUAACUCCGCUCACGCCCAUGACGCCACCUCCUCAAUAUCCAGCCACUCCCGUCCAGCAACAGGGGCAGUUCUUCCCACCUCAACAACAGCAAUUCGUCCAACCACAGCAGCAGUUCGCCCAGCCACAGCAGCCUCAUCAAGCCUUCGCCCAACCACUUCAGCAACAGCUACAGCAACAGCAACAACCUCAACAACCGUUCGUCCAGCCCCAUUUCCAGUCCCAAGCUCCUGUCCAAGCCCCUGUCCAAGCCCCCGUCCAAGCCCCCGUCCAAGCCCAACCCGCAUCCAACUCACGAGUCCCACAGGCUCUACUGGGCGCCGCAGCCGUCACCGCGGUAGGCGGUGUCGUGCUGGGAAAGUUUCUCGGCAAAGGCGGAAAAGGCCAUGGUGGUGGGCAUGGUGGAGGUCACGGCGGUGGACAUGGCGGAGGCCACCACGGCGGUGGAGAGGAGCAGUACGCGGGUGACCCAAGCCAGCAAGGGGGUGAUCCGUCGCAGUAUCUUGAUCCGUCGCAGUAUCUUGAUCCGUCGCAGUAUGGCGAUCCGUCACAGUAUGUCGACCCGUCACAGUAUAGCAACCUGGGGUUUGUGGAUCCAUCACAGUAUGUGGAUCUGGGACAGCAGAAUGCGGGUGUUUUUGACCAGCCCGUGGUGGUGGACGAUUCGGGGUUUGGUUUUGAUUGUCAGGACUCGGGUUUGUUCUAG